UGCACUGGAGCAGACCGGGCGUGCUGGUCGGCCUAGCUCAGCUCGGCUCGCUUCUCCUCUUUCUAUCCUAGUACUUUUUUUUUUAAUUACAGCGUUAUUAUUAUUUCCAGGUCAAAACCUCAGUUUCCUGUGCGGCUUGUUUGUACUAAAAAUGGCCGGAGAUGGUGGCGCUCUGAAGGAUAUCAAUGAGAUUAAGUCCCAGUUCCGGACCAGAGAGGGCUUCUACAAGCUGCUCACCCUCUCGGACUCGCAGCAGCGGGGCGGACUGCCGCGGGGUCCGUCCGCUGGAGCCACGCUGGGCCCCGGGCCUGGACCUGGUCCGAUACCCGGCGGAGGGGUCGGGCUACUGCAGGGGCCCGGGGCUGCCGCCGCCGCUGCUGCCGCCGCCGCUGCCGCCGCCGCCUCCUCUUCUUCCAAUGCUGCAGCCAACUCUUCUCCAGCGGGCUUUCUGCCGCCAGUCCGGGUCUCUAUGGUCAAACUGCAGCCUGAAGAUCCGAGCGAAGAGUCGGAGCGGGUGUGCUUUAACAUCGGCAGGGAGCUGUAUUUCUACACGUACACUAACAUCAAGAAGGCCGUAGACCUCAGUAAGCCGAUAGACAAGAGAAUCUACAAGGGGACUCAGCCAACAUGUCAUGAUUUCAACCAGUACUCGGCCACAGCAGAGAGUGUUGCUCUCAUUGUGGGUUUCUCAGCAGGCCAAGUCCAGUAUCUCGACCCGAUUAAGAAGGAGACCAGCAAACUCUUCAAUGAGGAGAGGUUGAUAGACAAAUCCAAGGUGACAUGUCUAAAAUGGCUUCCCAAGUCAGAGAACCUGUUCCUGGCCUCCCACGCCAGUGGUCACCUCUACCUCUACAACGUGGAUCACCCAUGUGGCACCACGGCCCCACAGUACUCUCUGCUACGGCAGGGGGAAGGCUUCGCAGUUUACGCCUGUAAAACCAAGACACCGCGCAACCCACUGUUGCGAUGGGCGGUGGGUGAGGGGGGCCUCAAUGAGUUUGCUUUCUCCCCGGAUGGCGUGCAUGUAGCAUGUGUUGGUCAGGAUGGCUGCUUGCGUGUCUUCCAUUUUGAUUCGAUGGAGCUGCAGGGUGUGAUGAAGAGCUACUUUGGUGGGCUACUGUGUGUGUCAUGGAGUCCAGAUGGGAAAUAUCUCGCCACGGGUGGAGAGGAUGACCUGGUUACCGUCUGGUCAUUUGCAGAGAGCAGAGUGGUAGCAAGGGGGCAUGGCCACAAGUCGUGGGUCAAUGUGGUAGCGUUUGACCCCUUCACAACCUCCCUAGAAGACGAUGAGCCUAUGGAGCUUAGUGGCAGUGAGGAGGACCUCCACCAGGGGGUGCCAAACAAUUCCAUGCACUUUGGGCGUGUCCGAACAAGCAGCACGUUGUCGCGUCUUUCUCGGCACAGCUCCAAAGGUGGUGGCUCGGCAUCGGUCACAUACCGGUUUGGCUCAGUGGGGCAGGACACCCAGUUCUGCCUGUGGGACCUUACUGAUGACGUGUUGUACCCACGCCUUCCACUGUCACGCGCCUUUACUAACACUUUUGGACCAUCACUGUCCAACUCUGGCAGUGGAGUUGUCAACAGCACCUCAGGUGGGGGAGGAAGUGGCGGGGUUGAGGGGCAUCAUCACCCACCAAACACCAACACUGGCACAUCCAACCCACCAACACUCCCUUUACCGCUUCCUCGCUCCCUCUCACGCUCCAACUCUCUACCCCACCCGGCUGUGGCAAACACCUCCAAGAGUCAGGGUGCCUCAGAGGGUGGUGGGGGAGGAGGAGGAGGUGGAGGAAGCAGUGUAGCAGGAAACAGUACUCCAUUCAGCAUAGGUCGUUUUGCCACACUGUCGCUCCAGGAGCGCAAGUCAGACAAGUCUGGUGGGAGUGGUGGUGUGGAGAAGGAGCAUAAGCGCUACCAUAGCCUUGGCAACAUUAGCAAAAGCAACGAUAAAAUCAAUGUGGCGCCGAGGAGCAAUCGUCUGGACGCUGCUAAGGUCUUAGGCACCACACUGUGCCCACGCAUGCAUGAGGUGCCACUGCUGGAACCACUGGUGUGCAAGAAGAUAGCACAUGAGAGGCUGACAGUACUGGUGUUUAUGGACGACUGUAUCAUCACCGCCUGCCAAGAGGGUCUCAUCUGCACCUGGGCACGGCCGGGGAAGGCGAACUUGACAGCACAGAAUGGGAACUCUCCGAGUGGCACAGUGGUAUAGCUGGAGAAGCUUUGCACUUAUCCCUUCCUCCCUCUAUCUCCUACCUUGUUCUUUGUCAUGUUCUCUCUGUUCAUCCUCAAAUAGUUAGACCGUGCCCAAACUACAAUUGCAGUAUUAUACCCUCACUAUAACUCUGUGCACUUGCCAUAAACCAAAACCUGUUUCCUGUCAAUUUAACUCUCAUGGUGACAUCAGUUUCUUGAGCAACACUUCUGAAACAAGCAGAUAGACUAGGUUCUCUGACAGCUGUCAGAUUUCAGCAUGGCAGAGCCAUUGUGCACAAGCCAGGUCAUUUAUGAAAACUUUCCACAAUUUUGUAUGAGAACCUGAUGUGCUUGCACUGAGCCUUGGCAUCAGCGUAAUUCAACAGCUGUGGAAUGAGGUGGGAUCUUGAUUAUAAACUGCAGAAGGCCUGGUGUUGCUAAUGCUAAUUUGGCUGAAUGGGGAAAAAAUACAAACAGAUUCCAAAAUCUGAUUUAUUUAUUUAUUUAUUUAUUGGGAAAAAACAGCAACAAAUUAGAUGCUAUGUUGCAUGAUCAGCCAUCACAUGUCAUUGAUGCUAAUGUUGAGUUGCCCACAUACUUUUUAGAUCCGAUUUAGAUCCACAAAUUCAAAAACUGUAUUAAUUGUUUGUACAGACUCUUUAGAUGAACCCUUUCUACUAUACAACUUUUUCCAAAGGCACAUGCUGUGGUUUCUUAUUAAUCCUUCACUUUUCAUGCACUCAUGUGGGUUCAUUUUCAUUGACAUUGUCAUAAAAAUGAAAUGUUACAGGUAUGAAUCCUAAUAUUCUAUGGUGAUCUGCACUGCUUGUUUGUCAGGAAGUGUUUUUCAACUCAUGUCACCGUGUGAGUAAAGUGUUCUCAGUGCUUCAGCCAAACACUGAAUCAAACAUCAUUUGUCAUUUUCUGAGAAUUCAUCUGAAGCAACAAGGAGUGAUUGGCAGGCCAUGCUCAGCCCUGCCUUCAUCCAAGCCAUCCCUUUUCUCAUUCAUGCAAAAAGACACUGCAAAAGCCACGGCCAUUGUAUUUAAGUUAUUUAUUUUAUCACAAGACUGUGUAGUAAUUUAUACUGUAAAUACUGAAAAUACUCUAUAAAUACAAAAAGGACAAAUGUGUAUGGAAACGACUCGGCAGCAAGGAAGCGAAGAAGAAGCAGUAAAGAUGAAGAAUAUUAAUAUAUGAAGAUCCUUCUAUUGUAUGUAAGAACACAGUUAAAAGUUGAAUGUCUGCUGUUUUAGGGAACUUGAAGAUGUCAUUGUGUUUUUUAUUUUGUGUGAUAGUUUCUCCAGUUUGUCCCUGAACAUGAGCUGGGUUUAAUAUGUCAGUAGGGACGGAAGCAUUUUGGGUUCGACUUUUUAAAGUUUGACCCAAGUCGAGCACAGAGAGCAAAUAUCAGCUUCACGUGUCAGCUGAGUGUUCACGUUAUAACUAAUUCUGCUUAACAACAUGCGUGGACAUACGUCAUCUUUAAAAAAAAAAAGUCUCAUGAACAAACACUCUGGCACAUUCCGAACGUAAAAACGGCUCUCACACACACACACACACACACAACAAACACAAUCCCCUUUAAGGUGUAGCAUCAUAUAUCAUUUCCUGUGUCUUAGACUUCAUUCCUGUUGCACCUGAAUUGCCUCUUGCAAAAAUUUGCACAAACAAUAAACUCACAGUUCAUCCUGAGUUGUCAUGGCUGAUGUUAGAAGGUGUUAUUUUCCUGACUGAUCUGAUCUCUGUGUAAAACCACUCCCAUGUCCCCACCUUGCCUUGGAUUUGUUUGCUGCAGAGGAUACAACGGGUGUGCAUCUUGAGAGGAAAAGGCUCCAUGCUGAGCUUUAGAUUUAUUACCUUUCACUAGAUUAGAAAUUUGGCUUAGCGGGGUCUCCGGCGAUUAUUGAAUGUUGUGCUUGUUGAAAUUUUUCCUCAGAUUAUUAAGUGAGAAAACAAUCUAAACAUGUUGCAAACAAAAACCUGGUUUGAGCUGCCAUCAGUAUGUGAAAAGGUGUUUUGUGUGGUGAAAAAAAAUCUCCUUUGACACAUAGAAGUUCAAUGUUUGCAGUUUUGCAAUUGUUUUUCCUGAACACGAUGAGAGGAAGUGUGAUUAUAUGAUAUGAGUAUAAAUAUGACAUUAAAAACACAACAUGAAUUGCUUUGUCACGUUGAACAGACUAAAAACUCUUGCUUUAACUUUGCUGCAUCAUGUUGCCUGGAUUCUUCUUCAGUUCACAGAGCAGCAGCUGCAUUUUACGACCCCGCCAACAGCAACAAGCAGCAGAGGCUGCUCAAACGAUUAGAUGGUAAAUGCCAUAGAUACAACCCAUAUACUCAUCUUGUGUUGUGAUUUAUGACAUAUCAAAACCAGCUGGACGAUGUUAGUGCAGCGUGCCAGCAGUGUUUAUUUUUAACCAGGGUUUGUGUUUUGGGUUUUUUACGUGUUCACAUUGUUGUUACUUAUUUGGGACCUUCUCUGGUGUACAUGCUUACCUCCUGAGGUCAAUUUCUUAUCAUGGGACCAAAGCCUAGUCCACAUAUGCCAGUGCAAGGUCCUAGUAAGUGUGUGUGUGUGUGUGUGUGUGAUAGAGAGAGAGGGAGAGAGAGGGAUAGAGUUACAUUCUAUUAAUAGCAAAUAAAUUUCCAACACUGCAGGAUUCAGGGUUAUGCCCUUGGAGCAAUGGACAAACCUCCCAUUUCCUUGCACUGCAGUUUGAGGUUAUUGUUCUAAUCUUUGUUGUCAUAGCAACAUCACGUCUACAAGCGUAUCUUGAAUACGCCCCUGGGUUUUCAAGUGCAUCUUGGCUGUGAGGUUAAAUUAAUGCUUCAUCACAUUGGAGAUGAGACAAACCUGAACCUGCUUGAGUCAGUCAUUAAAAGAAACAAUUCAACCUGACAUGAAAAACAUCCAUACCCACCUUCUCUUUAAGAUGGAAGUUUGACACAAGCAGAUGUCAAUCAGUUAGAAUAUUUGUGUUGCAGUUAAAUCCAAGUAUAGUAUGGCCACAUCCAGCUGUCUGGUGUUACCUCGAAAUCACGCUUAAACUUUAAAACACAAGCAAUUGUUUUCUUUCCCUUUUUGUUCCUUUUCUCCUCUUUCUCAUUACUGUGUCUUAUUUUGUUUUUUCUUUUGGCUCAUGCUACACACGUUGACUGAAUGUGACUGGCUAAUGUGUGAACUUCAACUGUUUUAGAGACAAUAGAUGUCAGUUUUAAUUGCAUUUUUAUUUACUUUUUAUCAAUUGAAAAACAGUCAUCACAGAACUACAAUAGCAGUGACUGCAGAUGAGAAGAAGUGUUUACUCGUAUGCGUUUCACUCAAAUAUAUUCAAACCGAAGUAAAAACAAAAAUAAUCUAUUCCCAAAUAACAUAUUUGUUUGUUUUUAGGGUGACAUCCUCAUGUCAAAACCUGUCAGCCUAAUUACUAUUACUGCUGUGCUGAUCCUGUUUCAUCCAGUACUAUCCUGUUCAUUCACAAAACAGUCAUCCAAGGAUUUAAAUAAUUAUAUGCCAUUUAUAAACCACAAUUAUUUUGAACGUGUGCUUCUUUCUGUUAGGAGGAUGGUGACGAUAUGUGAGUGUUUAACCAGAGCUGAAUGAGGGAGGUGAAGAUAAACCACACUGUGAACACAACAUUCUAAUGAUAUUAUUGACAGGGAUCUCUGAUCACAUGAACAGCUGAGCGCUGCAGCCAGAGUAAACUAGUAAACUGUUGUUCACAGGCAGGGUGGACAGGAACAACCUGCAUGUUCUGUCAACACAAUUCUACAAACUGAAAAUUAAAACAUUUCCUCCUGAUGCACUGUACUGCACAAAAAGCAACUCAACUAUUUAAUGCCACGGGAAACAUUAUCUUAACAUAUUUUGGGGGUUUGUUUGUUUGUUUUUUUACAUCUUUAUGUGACUUUUUUUUUUAUUUGUCCCUGUGUGCUUGUGUAAAAAAUGCAUUCUCCAUUAUCACCAUUCAGUGACCACAUGCACUGACUGAAACACACACACACACAGCAUCACACACACCUUCCCACACUUGAUGCCUGUUCUGAUGGGAGUUGGGAUAACACAGAAUGACAUCACUGUAUUCAGUUUGUAUAUGGAGAUCUGUUAUUAAAAUUUAUUAAAGCUUAAACACUA